UCAUUUCAUCAUUGUGUACUCAAAUUCUCAUCUCAAUUCCCCCUCUUUUUUCACAUCCAUUUCAUUUGCUAGAUGGCUUCUAUGAUCCAAGAAAAUUGGGCAACCAUCAAUGGCCAAGAUGGUUUUGAUGAGUUCGAGCCAUUGGAAAUCGAUGACACCCUUUGGAUGUCAAUUCUUGAUGAACCACAUGUAGAUGAUGAGUGUGAUGAUGAGAGAUUAUCGAAUGUGAUUCGGUCUUUAGAAGCUGAGAUUAAUCCAAUUGUGAUUGAUGAAAGUGAUAUGAGUUUAGAGCUAGAAUGGAAUGCUGACUGGGAGGGUAGUCAUCAAUUUUCGACCAGUCAGAAUGUUUCUAAAUCGCAUGAUCUUGAUUAUAAUUGGAUGGAAAUUGAUGAUAUGUACAUCCAAGGGUAUGAAGAUGGAAUUGGUGGUAUAAUAGAGUUUGGUGGUGUUAAAGAUUUUUCCCAAAUAUCUUAUGGAGUGGAUGAGCAUGUUUAUGGUGCUUUAUGGCAAGAAACUAAUUGAAUGAUGCUCCUAAGGGGUGUUAAUAGUCCAAUAUUUAAGUUAAUGGACCUUUUUUGUAAAUGAACUUGUAAUGUUUGAGGGUUGCAAUUGCCCUUUACUACAUCAAUUAAUUGAAUAUCAAAAAAAUAGUUACUUAGCUUCA